AUGUAUUCAGCGACGGCAACCGCCAAAGACGCCUGGACAUCUGCACUCAGCUGCUCUCCAAAAGCCGCAGAUUCGACCCCGCUGGACACCAUUGUCACUGGAGAUGAAAAACGGGUCCUCUACGUCAACCACACCCACAAACGUGCGUGGUGCGCUGGCGAUGAAAUGCCGGAUCCUUUCGUGAAAGGUGAAAUCCAUGAGAAGAAGGUCAUGCUGAGCGUCUGGUGGGGAGUUCUUGGAAUCUACCGUUUCGAACUGCUGCCGGACAACACGACAGUUACUACCGAGGUCUACUGCGCUCAACUGCAAAGACUGGCCGACACGAUCCGCAAGGAGCACCCGAAGCUCGACAACGUUUGCCUGCUGCACGAUAACGCGAGCCCUCACAUCGCGAAGAAGACUUCCCAGAAAAUUUUGGAGCUCGGAUGGGAAGUUCUACCGCCCGCACCGUACAGCCCGGACCUGGCCCCCAGCGACUACCACAUCUUCCGAUCGCUUCAGCAUCACCUGGAAGAGAAGCGCUGCGAUGAGUGUGAUCACCUCGAAAAUGACCGGGCUUUCUUCGCCUCCAAGUCGCUCUUGUGA